AUGCGAUCGCGUGCCUCCGCAGUUGCCGGUAGAGGCGAUAACACCGAUAACGACGGCGCUGCCGACGACGUUGGCGACGGCAAUGGCCCCCCGUCUUCCCCUUCCUCCUCCACCGCCUCCGCAUCACUGCCGUGCCCCGAGUGCGGGCAGACGUUCCCUUCUGUUGACGACGAGACUAUCCUCGUUGCGCAACCUGCAGCCGAUGGCGACGUAUCCGCCGCCCUCUCUCCGCCUCGCCAGCACCUGCAGCCCAUCACUUCGCAAUCUUGCGUCUCAGACCAGCUUUCGCUCGAGCCAGACCUCCUUUGGGAUGCCCUCUUGACCCCGGCGCAAUUCCUGUUUCCUUUCUCGCCGGUGCCCUCUCUUGGACCUGGGACAUCGACAGACUUCGGCUUCGGAGACACCGCCUUGGCUGUCGUCGGUCAAUCUGCGGAUGACCAGAGCGUGCAAAACAGCUUCGGUGCCAAAGCAACACCAAGAGUAGGCGUAGAGGCCGUUGAUGUUUUCAAUGUACCAGACAACCUGACAGCAGAAGAAGAAGACAUCCUGAUCGCGGAGCACAUUCCUCAUGUACCUCCUAUGACAGCAGAAACGCGAGCACACAUGAUCCAAUCCAUCAAAGCCCGACUGCCACAGCACGAAGCCCAAGGGCUUGACGCCAACUUCCCAUCCCUGCGGCACCUUGAUACAUACAUGCAGUUGUAUUUUGAGCACUUUCAUCCACGCAUGCCUUUGUUACACAAGCCGACAUUCCAGGCGUCGUCUGAGACGUGGCAGUUGGUGCUCAGUUUGGUGUGUCUCGGCAGUCGAUACUCCUUAGCGCACCAGCAUCACGAUCAUGUUCUACUACUGCAGCGAAUUGCCCAGCAUAUGCUGAAAAGAGACAUUCGAGAGCUAUCGAGCAAUGAUGUUUUGACAUGUGCGCAAUCCCUAUUAUUGUUUCAUCAAAGCCAGUGGCUCUCGGGCGAGUGGAACAUUGUCAUGGAGGUGCAAUUCCACCGGAAUAUCCUCGUCACCCUUUGUCGCCAGCUUCUGUCUCGAGAGGGUACUCUGAUGCACACGCAUGCAUCCGCUGAAGACGCGAACCACGCGUGGUCCCAGUGGAUACAAGCCGAAGCUAAACGCCGCAUCAUCCACUUCACUUGGAGGUGGGAGUGUCUCCAGGCGACAUUCUUCAUGCUGCCUCCUCUGCUCUCAGUUGCUGAGCUGCAAACGCCGGUGCCCACAGCUGAUGCGCACUGGUCAUUGAGUUACGAGCAGUGGCACCUUCACCCGCCACCGCAGCCUUCAUCGACUAUCUGUGCUCUAAUUGCACGCGUUGGUCUCGGCGAUGUAGUGCCGGCAAGUCUGGACCAACCGAUCAAGUCUACAAUCCUGCUCUCGGCCAUCGUGCAGCAAGCUGCCGAGAGCGAUUUGCUGCGAGCCAUGGGACUCGGCUCUGCCGGCAGUACAAGUAGUCAACCCGGUCUAGCUCUAGGAAUGGGGACAAUGCUCUCCCAGAAAGCCUUCAAUGCGUUGUCCCAAGUAGGAUGCUCUCAGGUGCUGCGCGAAACCGACGCCGGCACCAACUCGAACGACUUCGCUUUACUGUCUCGAGUUCUUUCCAUUUGCUCAUUUACACCGUUGCGGUUACUCAACUCCUACAGCAAAUGGCAGACGACAGAUGCAGGCCACAGCGACGCCCGGCUCGUACUAUUGGACAUCAUACCGCAGAACUUCAGCAGAGCAAGGCACUGCUUGUACUACGCGGCGCAGGUUCUUCAGUACUUUCGAACUACCAGAGUCGCAACAAUACUCGACAUUCUGAGCGUCUUGAUAUGCGUGCUCUACAUGGUGGUGUACGCAGAUAUCUUUGAGCAGCGAGACCCCAAUUCCGCCGGAAGCGGGGUCGGCGCCAGCACGUCUAGCACGGAGAUUAUCCGACUCGACCAAGUCGUUGAUGCGGAUCUUUUAAACGGCUGGUUGGAGGUCAGAAACCAUAGGAGACCUCACAUUACUGGCGUCGGUCUCCUGCACAGCGGUCGCAGCGUGCCUCGUUUAUACAAAGAAGCGUCGCGGAUUAUGGCAACCGGAUCCUCGGUCUCGAGGAUGGCUAAGGAGAUGUCGAUGAUUCUCGAGUCGCAAGGUAAAGGUUAUCCUCCAGAGCUAGUUCACCGACAGGGCGGAUAG